AUGGUGCCAAGACCGAAAGGUCAAAGACGGAAAGGAGCUCGUCCUCGAGACAAAGCUCCAAGUGCGCGACGGCCACAGGAGUGCAAGUCAGCAGCGCUGGACAUUCUGAGGCAGUCGGCCGUGGACGCGAGGGUGUGGAGGCAAAUCCUGGCGUCGCCCUCGGUGGCGCAGUUCGCUCGCAGGUCUCUGACCGGGAAGGCCUCCCGCGAUCCCAGCUUUGCACGGGAGCUCCUUUUCACGGUGCUCACAGGACGAAGCGAGGAAGCCACGAAAGAGGCAGAGCAGGCUCAGGUGGUCUCUGCAGGGACUGCAUUGGCAGCAGAUCGCCCGACACGUCGAAGGCGCCUGUGCUUCAAGCAGGGCGAGGCCCUCAACGAAAUGCGCCUGGCUGAUACGGGGACCUGCAAGGACGAGCACUUCAGACCUUGCGACAUGGUUGCUGGUCCCCUGAUGGAGAUGGAAGAUGCAGAGUAUUCCUCGUCUUCAUCUUGGCGACCAGCCCGGAGGCGCCUUCUGUUUAAGCAAAGCGGCGUCAUCUUCUCUCCGAGCUGCGCUUUUGGCCCGCUGAACAUGGACUUGGCAGCACUUGUAUUCAGCUUCGUAGAGGUUCAAACCAAGGUAACUGCCGCCUGCGGCGUUUCACGUGGGCUUCGGGAGGUCUUUCAGCGCCGCAGCGCUUGGGACCCACUCAAGCUUGACAAAGAUACCGGUCGCAAGCUGCUACGGAAGCUGAAAGUGAAGGACCCACUAGGCUAUUUCUUGGAGGAGGGUCACCGGACCAAGCGUUACUUUCCAAGCGGUUUCUUCGAUGUCCAACACGUAGAGAUUGUGCUGAUGGACCCAGAGCGGGUUGAGCAUGUGCAAAGUGACACGGAGGACGAGGCUCCGAAGCCGCAAGCCACGCUCAUCCCGGAUCCCUUGGACGAGGUGCUGAAGCGCCUGAAGCACUACUUCUCUGACGUUACUGACCUCAUCAUCUCCAAUAUCGAGGACUACCGCAUGGACUACCGCUUCGUGGGUUUAAGAUGUAGCAGCCUCGGGGCAUUCGGUUUCGUGCAGCUCCAGCACCACUCGAACCCGGCCACUUAUGAGCUGCGAGCUUUGCGAGAUGAUCCGCCCAAGUCAGUGGACCUCAAGGCCAUCAAGUCUGUAAACAGCUCGCGUAUCCCUUGGGCAGUUAGGGUGGAUCACAACACGACGAUUUCCGAGCGAGAGGCCUUGUUCCUGCAGGAACAUCUGAGUGCCUACAAGAACGGCAGCGACUUCUUCCUGGCCCACGCCAUCUAUCGAUCGGUGCCUUCGCACACAGUUCGAAAGCGAUACAAGGCAGUGGUGGCUUCCUUGAGCAGACGCUUUCCCCAGCAGUUCCAAACGGAUGCCAGCAGUGUGAGCACUCCCAGUUGA